UGUAUUCAGCACAUGUAUACAGAGCUCAAGAAGAAAACACAAAACAAGAGAGAAUUAUUAAAGCAAAUAAUAGUAUUUACCAGAGAGUGAGAGUAAAUUUUAACACUCAUACACAAAAAGUAUAUUUGGUUUGAAUCGUGUCGGUAGUUGGUAAAUGUGUGAUUACAUCAGUUAUUAAAGAGCUGUUGAGAUGAACAGUAGUGUAUUAAAGAGCUAAAAAGAAUAAAAAUACAAAGCAUACAAAAAAAAAGUUUUAACAAAUAAACGUAUGAAAAGAAACAAUUAAUAAAAAAGCAAAGAAUUUUCACAAAAAGACUGCAAAAUUUGUAACAAAAUAAUACAAUUAAUUGAAAGUGUUUGUUCAACAAAAAAAAAAAGCUAAGAAAAACUAUAACAAAAGUUAAGAAAGUGUUUAAAAGAAAGUCUUACAAUUGCUAGCUUAUAUUUAAACAUGGCCGCUUUAUCAUCACAUCCCAAUUAUGGAUUUCAUUUGGGGGGCCAGGGCUUAGAUAUGCCUACACCAGGAGAUUAUGCUCCUCAAAGUACCAUCAGUCCCUCCGAUAUGGAUAUAAAACGUGUUAUGCAUUUCUCACAAACUGGCAGCUUGGCUGCCAUAUCAGCAGCCAUGGGUGGUUCUCCCGUGGGAGGUCACAGUGCCACUAAUGGUAAUUCUAUAAUGGGUACCGCCAGCAUGGGUCAUAUGUCUGCCCAGCAACAUCAUCAACAUAAUAUCCAUCAACAUAUGCAAACUACCGUGGGUCAACAGACUUUAUCGCCUAAUUCUUCUAUUGGUUCAGCGGGUAGUAUAGGCAGCCAGGGUUCUCUUAAUUCCCAUGUCAAUAAUUUACAUAAUGCUGGCAGUCAAGUGGGGGGACAUCAUCAUCCUACCUCUCCCGGCCAAGAGGGUCACAUUAAAAGACCCAUGAAUGCUUUUAUGGUUUGGUCUCGUUUACAGCGCCGGCAAAUUGCCAAAGAUAAUCCCAAAAUGCAUAAUUCGGAAAUCUCCAAACGUUUGGGUGCCGAAUGGAAACUUUUGGCAGAAACCGACAAACGUCCCUUUAUCGAUGAGGCCAAACGUUUGAGAGCAUUACACAUGAAGGAACAUCCCGAUUAUAAAUAUCGUCCACGUCGCAAGCCCAAAAACCCUUUAGCCCAGGGUCCUCAGGGAGCUUUACAAAUGCAAGCCAAUGGCCAACAGAAAUUGGGUAAUAAUGGUGCUCCUGGUUCUGGUUCAUACAAUCCCUUCCAUCAAUUGCCUCCCUACUUUGCACCCUCUCACCACCUGGAUCAACCCUAUCCAGUGCCCUAUUUUGGUGGUUUCGAUCCUUUAGCUUUAUCUAAAUUGCAUCAGACACAAGCAGCUGCUGCCGCCGCCGCCACAAAUCAAAGUCAUAAUCUACAUGAAGCCCAAAAGGCUCCACAACUACCUCCCACCACCUUAAGCAGUUUCUAUUCCGGCAUUUAUUCCGGCAUCUCAGCGCCCUCACUAUAUGCCGCCCAUUCCGCCAAUGCAGCCGCCGCCGGUCUUUAUAAUUCCUCCUCCACCUCCUCACCGGGUUCAUCGCCGGGCAAUGGCACUCCCAAUGGCAUGGAGUCACAAAUGGACAAUUUAAGAAGACCAGUACCCGUUUUAUAUUAAUUGUAAACCUUUUACACCCCUCUAACCAAUACAAAUUGACAACGUUUUAAGGCGAAAUUUAUAGCUAAUAGUUUCUCCUCCCCCUCCCCCC